GAGUAUGCCGCAACAUGGCCAAUAUGGCUGCGCGACUCUGUCAUUAUCUUACAGCCAAUAAGAUUUCGGUUAUAAACCAAGCACAUACUGAUCCAAUCUCGGCAAACGAGUCAUGCUAGGUUAGAUAAUCUUCUGUACGUAAGCGUGUUUUAAUAAAAAGAUCGUGUAACCGAGAGAUAAAGCGAUGAAUAAAAAUACUCGCAAAACAACGCCAGGUGAUGGCUUACGAUCAUUACGGAGCACUACGUUAUUUCGUGUCAUUAACUUCGAAUUAUACACCAAACCGAAUAAAGCCGUUAUGAUUUUUGGUAUUGUAGCAAUGUUGGGUUGCUCAGGAUAUAUAUUUUAUAUGAAUUCUGAUCAAAAAAGGAAUAAUUAUCACGCUGUGGUCAAAUCAGAUGAUACAAUAGUAUUAGAAAAAAAAGUAUCCAAGUGGACUGAUUAAGUAAAAAAUCCUCAAUAAAUAAAGAUUAUUUUAUACUA